CCUGCUCUCUCGCCUUCUGCUAGUCUCUGUUGAAUAUUCCUCCAUCGACCGCACUUCAAAGUUCCUUCCGCAAUUUCUACGCCAAUAGCUAAGGUUCAUCUGCCCUCCAAAACUGUUUCCAAUAGAUUGUUCUGAAUCAAUUUCGGUUUCAUCGUCGUCGUCACUGAGUUGCAUGAAAAAGAAAAUAAUUUCAAUCUAAUGUUGUUGAAAAAAUCGCGUUAAUUUUCUCGAGAAAAUCUGACAACAGAGUCCCUCCCCUAACCAUAAUGAACCUGCGGAAACUCUGGAUUCCGCUUUUGGUGGUGGUGGUGCUUCUGAUCCAGUCUAAGGCCACGAUUGGGUCUCAAUCUUCAAAGGAGGCUUACGUGACACUGUUGUACGGAGAUGAGUUCCUGUUGGGGGUUAGGGUUCUUGGGAAAUCGAUACGGGACACUGGAUCCACCAAAGAGAUGGUCGUUCUGGUCUCUGAUGGCGUCUCCGAUUAUUCCAAGAAGCUUCUAGAGGCAGAUGGGUGGAUAGUGGAGAAGAUAAGUUUGUUGGCAAAUCCAAAUCAAGUUCGUCCAAAGAGGUUUUGGGGUGUCUACACCAAGCUAAAAAUUUUUAAUAUGACUAAAUAUAACAAAGUUGUCUAUCUUGAUGCGGAUACUAUAGUCGUCAAAAGCAUUGAGGAUCUUUUUAAAUGUGGGAAAUUUUGUGCCAACUUGAAGCAUUCUGAGAGGCUGAACUCAGGAGUCAUGGUGGUGGAACCAUCUCAAGCUCUUUUCGAUGAUAUGAUGAGUAAAGUUACCACUUUGUAUUCUUACACUGGAGGAGAUCAAGGAUUUCUAAAUUCAUAUUACUCUGAUUUUCCCAAUGCACAUGUUUUUGAGCCUAAUCUACCAUCAGAGGUGUUGAAUUCAAGGCCUACUGAGAUGCAACGGCUCUCUACUCUGUACAAUGCAGAUGUUGGCCUUUACAUGCUUGCUAACAAGUGGAUGGUAGAUGAGAGUGAACUUCAUGUCAUUCACUAUACGCUUGGCCCCCUUAAACCUUGGGACUGGUGGACAUCUUGGCUCUUAAAACCUGUUGACGUCUGGCAGAGAGUCAGGGAACAACUUGAGGACUCUCUUCCUGGAACAGGAGGGGGCAGAAAUCCUAAUGAUGAGCUUCUAGUCAAAGUUCUUUUCUUGUUACCAUUUUGUGUUCUGCUCUUUUGUUUUUACCAUUCUUUCAAGACAAGGGAAUGUUCGGGUUUGAUUUGUAGAAGUUCAUUAUUCAAUCAGAUCAAGCACCUUUGCUAUAAUAUUCGGUCAAAUGUUGCACUGGCUUACAGCAGUGUUCAAUCUUGUGCCAUUAAUUCCAGCCAUCAAUUCUCUGUUGGUUCACAAGCUAAGAUACCUACCUACCUUGGUGGACUUUCAGUCUUUGUAUGCUUUAUGGCUGCUGUGGUGUCUCUUGGAUUUUCUCUUUCAAUUGUGCCUCGACAAGUGAUGCCAUGGACUGGUUUGCUUUUGAUGUAUGAGUGGACAUUUUCGAUCUUCUUUAUUUUGUUUGGUGGAUUUCUCCAUAUGAUUUAUCUGUGGGGUAGAAGAGCAGCAUUUCAAGUAGGAUCAUUCUCUUCCGAGAGGGAGUCUUUUGAUUCUGAUUCUGGAAAAGGUCAUCAAAGGACAGCUUCAUCUUGUGACAUUGCUGCAUGGUAUUAUGGGUUAGGGAUGGCAUUUUUAGCUGUUGCUGCUCCAUCUUUACCAUGCUUGUUUGGAAUUACAGCCCUGUUUUCUAGGUUAGGGUUGAUGGUGGUCGGAGGUAUAAUCUUGGCAUCCUUCAUGACAUAUGCUUCAGAGCAUCUUGCUAUUAGAUCCUUCUUGAAAGGCGUUCAUGACCAGGACAACACAAGACCAAGGAGCUUGUGUUCCUUAUGAUGAAUGGGGAACUCAAAGUGCCAUUGUAAGUUAAAAGCCAUCGGUUUCUUUAGUUAUGGGCUUUUUUGUUUUUGUUUUUUUUUUUUUGUUUUUUUUGUUUGAUUUGGGAUAACAUGAGUAUCUGAACCUUUAGUUUGACUAAUCCCAAAUUUUUCCUUCACCCUUGAGUGCUGGCCAAAAAAAAAAACUUUGAGUUGUUGUAAUAUACUACUAUUCUUUACGAAGAUUCAUUACUCUAGAUUAAAAAUUUAUGGUUCAAUGGACAAGCUGUGUCUUGUAUUAAAAAAGUCCUCAAUGCUUCGUGUGGUGGUUAAUAUGUGGGUGGUGUCUUGAAUUGCCAAAUUCUGAAAAGGAAGUAAAAUGUGUUUUGCGGAUUUAUUAAAUCUUCCAAUGAUGCUUUGUUAUGCAUAAAUAAUUUUUUUUAUAGACAUUUUGGAUUAUUGAUGGUAGAACUUAUUUGCUAUUAUUAUUGGAUGACUAAUUGCCAUUUGGCGAUGGAGCCAUUUUCUGCCUCCUGUGCUAUCAAUGAGAGUCGCCCUUGCUGAGUUUCUCUGCUUUCACUGUUUUCCUACUGUUUUUUCAUCCUUUUUUCCUUCUAUUUUCCUUUGUUU